AUGUUCGAUAUGUAUUAUUUCAGUCAACGCAGCCGUUCGUACGAUUCCGACGAGCAUGAGAGGGGUGCGUGUGAGUGGUGCGAGUACGCGCUCAUCAUAACCCUGGCCACCAUACUCCUGAUCGGGGUGUCCGCGCUCACGAUCUUCUGGAUCUUCUUCUACCGAGAGGGCUACGCCUGGGCGGAUGACGUUCCCGAGAAGCAGUUCAACCUGCAUCCUACCCUGAUGGUCGCCGGCUUUAUCACUUUCAGUGGUUUUUCGGUGCUGCUGUACCGCAUCUGCCGAUGCUUCAGGCGCAUCUACGUCAAACUGCUGCACGCCAUUUUCCACGCUCUAGCGUUCCCUUGCAUCGUCAUCGGCUUCCUGGCCGUGCUCGACUUCCACAACAAGAAAGGCAUCAAUAACUUCUACUCGCUUCACAGCUGGAUUGGCUUCGUUGCCAUGGGACUGUUUGGAAUUCAGUAUGCAGUCGGCUUCUUCAGUUUCCUUCUGCUCUUAAUCUGCAAUAAAGGCACUGCUAGCUUCCGUGCUUCUCUCGUGCCAAUUCACGCCGCCUUCGGUAUCCUGACUUUCGUACUUGGCGUUGCGGCGUGCCUGACUGGACUUACUGAAAAGGCAAUCUUCACCUUAGGUGCGGAGAAAUACAGUGGGCUGCCCAGGGAGGGAGUCGUCAUCAAUGCUAUCGGAGUAGCAUCAAUCGCGAUUCUCGCAGUCGUCAUGUACAUUGUGUCCAGGGACAAGUUCCGCACUUCGUCGUCCCGCGAAGAACACAUACGGGUCUCGGUAGACCUU